AGAUGAACUAAUAAAUAUCUAUGGCCUUUGACUAUAUAGUGUCACUACACAAUUGUCAAAUAGCAAAUUUGAAUUUUUGUCAGUCAGAAAAAUGGCGACUUUACUUCCUCGUUCUUUAUAUUUAGCUGAAACAAUAUUUCUUAAAAAUGGUACAAAGUUUGCAGCAGGAACUGCAGGAAGGAAUCUGCCAAACAAACAACAAGUUCGUAAUCUAAAUGUCCAUGAGUAUGUCAGCUACACUUUACUGCGAGACAGUGGCAUUCCUGUCCCGAAAUUCAACAUUGCUAAGACGCAGGAUGAGGCAGUCAAGUUUGCCAAGGAACUAAAUACCAAAGAUAUUGUGCUUAAAGCACAGGUACUUGCUGGAGGCAGAGGUAGAGGAGCAUUUAAGAAUGGCCUCAAGGGUGGAGUCAGGAUGGUUAAUACCCCUGAAGAUGCAGGGGAUAUAGUUGGCAAGAUGUUAAAACAGUACUUGGUCACCAAGCAGACUGGUGCAGCUGGGCGCAUUUGUAAUAUGGUGAUGGUUACUGAGAGGAAAUUCCCUCGCCGAGAAUACUAUGUGGCUAUUAUGAUGGAGAGAAGUUUUAAUGGUCCAGUUAUAAUUGCAUCAUCUCAAGGUGGUGUUAAUAUUGAAGAUGUAGCUGCUGAAAAUCCAGACGCCAUCACCUAUGAGCCUAUUGAUAUUGUUUCUGGUAUAACUGAUGAACAAAUAUGCCGUGUCAUUGAAAAGAUAGGUUUGAAAGAACAUUCAGCCCAAGCAUCAGAGAUGAUCAAGAAGAUGUAUUCUCUGUUUUUGAGCAAGGAUGCUUUACUGAUUGAAGUUAAUCCCUAUGCUGAGGACGCAAUUACAGGCGAUUUCUUCUGCCUCGAUGCCAAAUUCCGAUUCGACGACAACGCCCAGUUCAGACAAAAGGAACUAUUUCAACUGAGGGACAUUACUCAAGAAGAUCCCAAAGAAAUUGAAGCGGCCAAAUUUGACUUGAACUACAUUGCACUUGAUGGCAACAUUGGUUGUAUGGUGAACGGUGCUGGUUUGGCGAUGGCCACUAUGGACAUCAUCAAACUGUACGGAGGAGACCCGGCUAAUUUCCUCGAUGUGGGCGGUGGAGCCACUGCUCAGGCUGUAUCUGAAGCAUUUAAAAUUAUCUUAUCGGAUCCGAAAGUGUCGGCUAUUCUUGUAAACAUCUUCGGCGGUAUCAUGCGGUGUGACGUCAUAGCGGAAGGUAUUAUCAACGCCGCCAAGAAUCUUAACAUACAGAUCCCUGUGAUUGUCCGUCUUCAGGGUACAAAAGUGAACGAAGCCCGCAAGCUAAUCGCCGAGUCCGGACUCCGCAUCGUGCCGCGUGACGACCUGGACGAGGCGGCGCAGCUCGUGGUACAGCUCUCCGAGAUCGUGUCCCUCGCCAAGAAGGCCGGCGUCGAGGUCCAGUUCGAUAUACCCAAAUAUAUGCUCGAGAAGUAAAACAGUAUUCCCACCAUUCAUGCCUACAUCUAUUUAAUCUCAUUAUUCGAAUACCACAACCAUCCUACUUACUUAGAUUAAAGCACCAUUUAUUUCGAAUCGAUGUAGACCGAGGCGUGUCGGUGCCGCUCGAUGCGAUUGUUACGCAAUGUCAUUAAAAAUGUUAACUUUGCACUCGCUCUAGACGCUUCGUUGUUGUAAAAGUAAAUUGUUUUCGAAAUUUUUAUGAACCUCAUUUAGAUACUCUUGUAAGUUUUUAUCAUCGUGUUAUAUGUAACUUAUUUAUCGUUUUAGAGUAAGUUGUUUGUAUAAUAUAUAUUUUACUUAGGAAACUUAACCGACCGGUACUCUCGUCUGAACGUCAGUAAUUUUUAUAUGUGCCCCAUUUUCUCAAUUUCCUCAUCCAUCCUUCAAAUGUCCCAAUAUAAAAAUAAAUAAUAAAACAUACAGUUUUGCCCAAUGUAAGUCGGUAAAAGUGUACCUUGUACUAAUAAAUAUAAUUAUUUGUUGUUAUCGUAAAAUUUCACUCUAUGAUAAAGUUCAGACGUCAACCUUAUAUUAACAAAUGUUCGCUUCUACGUGGUUCUAAAUACUAUUUAGUAUAAAUCUGUUAAAUGAUUACAUGUGAUUCAUAUUGCCAAUAUGCUUGGCCGGUACAUGUAUCUGCGCAAUAAGCAAGUAUUAUGUACAUUUUUGUAUAUUAUACAAUGUGUAUGUUCCUUUGUAGAUAGAUAUCAUUAUAUUGAUUAACGUGUUUAAAGUACAAUAAGGUAUUUUAUUUACCUAAGUGAUAUUUAUUUCUUUGAUAUGUAAUAUGAUGCAAUCAUGCCCUUAAUAAAUUAACUUAAAUCGA